ACUCUACGCUUUUUCAUUUGGCGGUGCUUCAAGAACCCAUUUCCACCUCCUCCUCCUUCUUCUUCUUCUUCUUCUUCUUGAUUUUCUAAAUCAAUUCGUUUCUUCAAUUGUGUAUCUUCCAUCUUCUUCAAGAAAUGUAUCGCCAGAACGUAAAGAAUCUGCUCCGCAACAUCUAUUCUGCCAAACUUCUUUUCAGUAAAGAAGAGCCGUGUUGGAACUAUAUGCAUAGCGUUUUUUACCAGCUUCAGUUACAACGGCCAAGAUCAGAUAAGGUAGAAGAAGAUAAGCUAAAAGAAGGGAAACAAGCGCGGAAGACUUGUUUCAAAUCUGAAGUUAAGAAGAAGAAGGAAGAUAACAGUUACAAAGUUAGAAAAGACAGUUCUGAUGACGAAGAUCCCCCAGAUAAUAAUAAGUGGAAAUUGGAGCUAGCUUGGCUCACAAAGGCUAUAGAACCAGCUGUGCAAUUUUGUAAAUGGGCUAUGCCAACAGUAAAUGGAACUGGAAACAAACCCCCACCAAGCAAACGAUCCCUUAUGGAAAUCAUUGCCUGCAUUAAACAAAGCAAGCUUGGAAUCCAGGAUUGGAGUUUGAGUGACCUUACGAUUGGCUUGUAUCUGAUCUAUCUUCGUCAAGCUUCUGCACAUCCACUUGAUGAUAUCAAAGGCAUUGAGAUAUCAUCAGAAUCAACAGUUCAAGAUCUCAUCUAUUAUCUUGAAUUGGCUAAAAGUGCUUAUAAGGACAGUCCUGCUGCUCUUGCAAGGAACAGCAUGCUCCGAGAAAGGAAUAUCAUAAAAUUCAUUAGAAAUUCCAGCGUAAUGACACCUAGCUAUUAUAUAGGGGUUGAUCCUCGUAAAAGGCUUGUAAUUUUAGGUAUCCGUGGCACACAAACUGUAUAUGACCUUAUCACUGACAUUCUUUCCUCAAGUGAUCGGGAAGUCACUUUUGAGGGCUUUUCAACCCACUUUGGCACUGCUGAAUCUGCUCGUUGGUUUCUUCAUCAUGAAAUUGACGUCAUAAGAAAAUGUUUGGAGAAACAUCAGGGAUUUAGGUUACGACUUGUCGGUCAUUCUCUAGGAGGUGCUAUAGCUUCUUUAUUAGCAAUAAUGAUCCACAGAAAAUCAUCGAAGGAGCUGGGUUUUAGUCCUGAUAUUGUAUCUGCUGUUGGAUAUGGAACUCCACCAUGUGUCUCCAAAGAACUUGCUGAAAUCUGCUCUGGCUUUGUUACGACAGUCGUGAUGCAGGAUGAUAUUAUACCUAGAUUGAGUGUAGGUGCCUUAUCAAGGCUUCGAAAUGAAAUCCUUCAAACUGAUUGGAUGAGUGUAGCUGAGAAAGAAGAUUGGAGAAGCGUCAUAGAUUUAGUUGCAAAUGCCAAGCAGGUUGUCUACUCGGUGCAAGAUGUAGCUAACAAACUUGCUGACUAUGCAAAUUUCAGGCGAAUCAGAAGUUCAGCUGGUCCUAAGAAGUUGCCGGUUACUAAAGUGGUGCCUUCACCCCGAAAAUCUGCAAAGGAAAAUUCAGCUGUCACGAAAGUCAAGGAAACUAAGCCUGUGUUACCUGAGGAAUUGUUUAUACCUGGUUCUGUUUACUAUUUGCGGAGGAACUUGGAGUCCAAAAAGGGUACUGAUUUCUUCACACUCUUCAAGAGGCAACCUGGUGAGCAUUUCCAGAAGAUAAUUCUUUCAGGAAAUUUGAUAACUGAUCACAAAUGCGAUAGCCACUACUAUGCCUUAAGAGAUGUUCUUAAAGGUUUGCCAUGGAGCAGCGAGGAAGGUAUUUUUAGAUAAUAGAUCAUACAGAUGUAUUCAUUAAUUUCUUUCAAAUUUUUUUUCCCUUUCUUGAUGCCAUUUAAUUGGAAUAGAAGUGUACAUUGUAUAACUAGUUUUUCUGCACUCAGGGUGUACAUUGUAUAGCUCUGUAGUGAAAGUAUGGUAGAUUACAACUUAGAAUGUAUAAGAACAAGAAUAAUAAUGGAUAGUGUUUCCAUACUCAGAAUAAACUUUAGGUUCAAUUUUUGCAGUGUUUGUUUACUUGA